AUGAUUGGAGAGAAGAAGCUUAUAGAAGGCUUGUUUUUAGAUUAUGACAAUCGACUGGGCCCAAGUUCACCAGAAGAGGGUCCAACUGAUGUUACUGUACAAAUCUUUAUCAUAAGCAUUGACACGAUAAGUGAAACUAAUAUGGAUUUCUCAUUGAGUAUGUUUCUGAGGCAAAGUUGGAUUGAUUCCCGACUGAUGUACACGCCAAUAGAAGGAAUGAAGACACUUGAGCUGGACACGACUUCAAUUGCAAAGGUAUGGAUCCCUGAUCUGUUUAUGCCGACAGAGAAAAAAGCUAUAGUCCAUCAUGUUACUGUACCAAACAAACUUAUGCAUGUCUAUCCGGAUGGAAAAGUACAGUACAGCCUUAGGAUUUCUGCGACAAUCAAAUGUAACUUUGACUUGCGGAAAUUUCCAAUGGAUUCACAACAUUGUUUUGUCGAGAUGGAAAGCUAUGGCUACACAACUGACACUAUCAGAUUUAAAUGGGAUGAGAAGUCAAUAAGCUCAAGCGAUGAUAUAAAGAUUCCGCAGUUCUAUCUGAAUGACCUCACAACGCAACAAUGCGAUAAGAUCUAUUAUGGAGUUGGAUACAGUUGCGUGCGAUUUGAUUUCUACAUGCAGCGGAGCGUCGGAUAUUACGUAACUCAAGUGUUUAUUCCAAGUUACCUGAUAGUAUUUCUAUCAUGGGUGUCGUUUUGGCUCGAUAUAGAUGCUGUGCCAGCACGGAUAUCACUUGGCCUUCUAACCGUACUCACCAUGACAACACAAAGUGCGGGGGCACGAAACAAUCUUCCAAAAGUGUCUUAUCUCAAAGCUAUUGAUGUAUGGAUGGCGGUUUGUUUGGGUUUUGUUUUUCUUGGCCUUGUUGAAUUUGCUUACGUAAAUGUUCUGGCACGCGUGGAGAAACGGCGCAAAUUAACAAUUGGCAGCAUAGCAGUUGGUACACUGAUGGCAAAGAAAUAACAUUCUUCCGCAAUGAAAGAUCCCGAAAACGCGGACGAUAC